AUGGUGUGCUCCGUGACUAGUGCCGAGGAAAUCCGUGACAACGGUGCAAUAGAGACACAAAGAUUGCAGGAUACGUCUCAGCUCGUUGGCACAGGAUUACUGAUUGACAGUAUGUCAUCGCUUAGUGAUUCCCAUCGCCGUAAUGGUCAUAUUGAUGCGGGUGAUAGAAGUUCGUCUGCGGGUUCGUCCCUGGGCUCUUGUUCACCACCACCAGCAUCAAGUCAUUCACCGCCACCACCGAGGCCACCUUGGCUGCAUGAUUUUCAUGCGGCAGCGUCGCCGCAUGUUCUCCAGUUUUUGAAUCUCAGUGCUGGGGCUGGGGGUAUGCUUGGUAGUCAGCCGUUGGCUGCAUUGCACUCUAUGGCUGAGAGGAGUCAUCAGCAGAAUCAGCAUCUUCAGGUGCAGCAGGGACUGCAGAGGCAACAGCAGAUGCAUUUGCCGGGGGGGACUGUGUCGACACCACCGCAGGGACAAUCGUCACCGACUGGCAGCGGAAAGCAUAGUCCGGCUACCUCGAUUACGUCCGUCGGUAGUAAUCCACAUGGUAUUGAUAAUAUUCUGUCGAGGCCAGCGGCUGCACAUCCUCAGGCACCGGUGUCUGCGGUACAUGCUUUGGCACCGGCAUCUACGCAUCCGCAACAUCUCACGGCUCCGAGAUAUGCUAUGCAUGCGGGAUUUACCGCUUCUACGGGUCUUGGGCAGUUUCAGCAGAGGACAGAGGCCCGUCAUCCCGCGGUUUAUUGGCCCGGGCUUCAGGGACUCGUCAGCGAUCCUCUGGCGUGGCGGGCCAGGUUACACUCACUAUCACAGCAGCUGGGAUGUCAACAAUCGAUGGCGGGAGCAGCGGGUGGAGCUGGUAGUGAUCACGAUAAUGGCAAGAAGAAGCACACGAGGCCGACCUUCAGUGGACAGCAGAUCUUCGCGUUAGAAAAAACUUUUGAACAGACCAAGUAUCUGGCUGGACCCGAGAGGGCCAAGUUGGCGUAUGCAUUGGGAAUGUCGGAGUCACAAGUGAAGGUGUGGUUUCAAAACAGAAGAACCAAAUGGAGAAAGAAGCAUGCAGCCGAGAUGGCAACGGCUAAGAGACGACAGGAGGAAGUUGAGGGUGUAGUUGGAGAGAAUGAGGAUGGUUGCAGUGACGGUGAGACUGAGACGAGCGGUGAGACAGCCGCUAAGAGGCUCAGACGUGAGCUUGAGCAGCAGUACGGGCCGUGA